CGCCGGCAGAUCCGUUCUCGUGCAAAGCUGAUUGUUGUUGAAAGCCGAGCGAUUCUGCUCUCUGCCGAAAUGGCCGUGUGAACUGCAGCCUGUAGACAGCGCGCAAACAACUCAGUGCAUCAACAUAGUGCACUGGUUCAGUACAUUUAUAGCAAAAUGGCGUCCUUUGUGACAACUCUGAUCUUUGCUGCACCCGACAGCACAAAAUUAUUUGAGUUCUCCGUAGAAGAUUCUUUGAUUCCACUUGAAAUAGACAGCCAUGUCUUUGAUGAGCUCACGGUUUGGCCUGGACGAUAUGGAGGUCCUUCUCUGGGACCCAUCAUCACCGAUGGCUGACCCUCUGCGGUCAAUUCUAGAUAAAGAUGAAGAGGUUCUUCCUCUUGGAGGUGCUGAAUCACCCCUCUCAUCUUUCUCUUCCUCUUCACUUCCCUCUCUUUCCCCACCUUGUACUCCUCCCUCCCCUCAGAGGGGGGAGAAGGCUGGGCUUGGUCCGGUGUCUCUGCCCUGGUUACCCUCAGAUGAGCUGUGCCUAGAUAAUCAUGGCGCAGACAGUGGUGAAGAUCAUUCAUUUAGUGAAAUGGAUUGGAUGACAGAACGAAUUGAUCUGAGUGAGUUUGAUCUGGAGUCUUUGAUAGACUCUUAUGAUUCUGAGGAUCCACCCAGUUCUCCUGAGGAGCUCAUUGCUUCUCUGGAGUCACAGAUUGACCUGGAGUCCCAGCCUGUAGCUUCUGACAAUACUUCACCCUCUCCAUCAGCCUCUGUCCCUGAAAUCGAUCAACUCUCCGAACCUUCAUUGACUUUGAAUACUCCAGUUACUACACAUCUCAUUCCCCCAUCACCUAGUGAAAUCUCAGAUUCCUCCUCAGUGGUCCCUGAGCCCCAGGCUGAGUUUGAAAUUAAGUCUGAACCGGCCUCUCCAGUCCCAUCACCUUCAGUCCUUCCCCCUGAGUCCCCUACUGACACUCUUGAGCUUGGUUGCGAGGUGGACAUAGCAGAAGUUCAAAGUCCAUCCCCUGUAGAGUUGCGGGUCCCUAAAUUUGUCCUCUCUUUGUCCCCGACCCGCAUUGUUUUUGUACUUGCUCCCAAAGAGGAGGUUAAUGCAAUGGCUACCCAUUCAGGUGAGGUGGUUGUGGAAAGUUCCCCAAGUCCAACCUCCUCUGAACCACAAACCCCAUCCUCUCCUCCGUCCCGCUCUUCUAGAGCAAAGCCCUACCUUACCCACGAUUCUAAGACCACAAAAAAUCAGCAGUCAGAGUCGCCUACCCUUACAGGACGAGUGAAGUCAGUCAGUGGCUCAAAGGUUGUGGUUGAGAAGAAAAAGCUGAAGAAAAUGGAACAGAACAAGACUGCGGCAACUCGCUACAGACAGAAAAAGCGUGCAGAGCAAGAGUUGCUCCUGUCAGAAUGUGCAGUGCUCGAGGAGAGAAAUCAAGAGCUGGCAGAAAAAGCGGAGUCUCUCACAAAGGAGAUCCAGUACCUGAAAGAGCUAAUGGAAGAAGUCAAGAGGGCAAGAGAGAACAGAAGUACGAGAUUAUAGAUGGACUCAGAAGCUGAGCAAAAUAGACUGUUUUAGCAUAGCCUGAAGUGCAGAAUGCUAGCAAUGUUGGUCCUAAAAGAAAGUAUUAUUUGAAGAGUUGAAAAAAACUGUUUUGAUUUCUACCCCAGUUUCUAAGUAGAAAUGCUUUCUUUUAGCAUGUCAUCUAUCAACAGAGCUUUAUGUAUUUUUUAGUCUUGUGUAUCUUAUCGUAUGCACUGUAUUCUAAUAUAAUACACUGUAUUAAUCUUUUGUCUUGAAAUGAUGCUGUACAAAUGCUUGGUAUUUAACCUUUCCUACCGAUUUUAUUAAUAGAAAUUGUUUGGUGUACUUGUACUAAAUUAUCUAUUUAGGAAUUUUGUUUUUGUAUGGACCUCUCACUGCAUAUCACCCAGCUUGAACCUUGUAUGUAUAUUAAACCUUCAUAAAAAUUA